AAUGCGUGUACCUAAUUUGAUUCUUAAAAGCUUGGCCGAGGCCGCAUAAUGGUGGAAAAGAAGGAGCAGGUCACGUUUCUAACCUCUGCUAAGGUUUUAGAUCUGCCUGGAGUGAGGCCCACAUGCGUUUCCUCAGCAUCCUAAUGACCAAAAUGAAUUAGACAGCUUCUGCUUUUGCGAAUUCACAGAUUAGUAGAGAAGAUAGACAAGUAAUAAUCAUAAGAUGUAAUAUAGUCAUUAGACUCUUUCUGUAUUAUGUAUACAGUUAUAUAUAUAAAUGUCUUAAAUACAGAGGGUCAUAUAUGCAGCUAUAAAAGUGGUUAACUCUUCCCGAGUACAUCUGGGAUGACAUGAUAGGAGAUGGCAUUUGAGCCAGGAUGUAGGAGGUCAGCAGUUUGGUGCAUUAAAGGGAUUUGGGGCCCCUGAAAUUCCCAGGGUAUAUGCAAAUGUUAGAUUUGCAUUUGCUGUAUAUACUACUUCCUUCAUCGCUGUAUAUACCACUUUCUUCAGAUGUUCACACUGAUGGGGUGCUGGCUGGACCAAGAGGGCAGCUCUAAUUCUCUGUUUUCUUGAUAGGUAAUUGGGAAAACAAAUAUUCCUUAACCCUUCUAGUGCGAGUCUCAUGUCUCAGGGUUAAUAAAAUGAGAGCUCUAACCUACCUCCCUCCUCCCAGAUUAUUGUGUGUUUCAGAAGCUUCAGAAACUCAGAGGUAACAUGGCUGGGAACCUUCAUUCAUGGAUGAGGGACUGAAAGGGAAAUGCUCAAGAUGCGGUCCCCAGCUCAAGUGGCACAGGAAUGAUUAGAGACCUUACUGGGACUGAGCAGCCUCUGGCUGAAUAGGGGCCUGUGGGCUUACCUGUCUGGUGCUCCCAUGGAGACGGGAGGCCCCAGCUUGAACAAUAUGAAGCCCCAGGCACUGCAGCUGGUGCUGGAGGAGCAAGUACUGGCGCUACAGCAACAGAUGGCAGAGAACCAAGCCGCCUCCUGGCGGAAGCUGAAGAGUUCCCAGGAGGCCCAGCAGAGGCAGGCAACCCUCGUGAGGAAGCUGCAGGCCAAGGUGUUGCAGUACCGGACCUGGUGUCAAGAGCUGGAGAAGCAGCUGGAAGCCACUGGGGGACCAACCCCACAGAGGUGGGAAAGCAUGGAGGAGCCGAACCUGGAGCAGCUGCUGGUCCGAUUGGAGGAGGAACAACAGAGGUGUGAGAGUCUAGCAGAGGUGAACACCCAGCUUCGACUGCACAUGGAAAAAGCUGACAUGGUGAAUAAAGCACUUCGGGAAGAUGUGGAAAAGCUGACAGUGGACUGGAGCCGAGCCCGGGAUGAGCUAAUGAGGAAGGAGAGCCAGUGGCAGAUGGAGCAGGAGUUCUUCAAGGGCUACCUGAAAGGGGAGCACGGUCGCCUUCUUGGUCUGUGGCGGGAGGUGGUGACCUUCCGACGCCAUUUCCUGGAAAUGAAGUCAGCUACUGACAGAGACCUGACGGAGCUCAAGGCUGAGCAUGUGAGGCUUUCGGGGUCCCUGCUGACCUGCUGUCUGCGCUUGACUGUGGGUGCCCAGUCUCGAGAGUCUGAGGGCUCUGGGAGACUGGAUGCCAGUGAGCCAACCCAGCUGCUGCUUCUACUGACCAAGACCCAGGAGCUGGAGAAGGAGGCCCAUGAAAGGAGCCAGGAGUUAAUGCAGCUGAAGAGUCAGGGCGAUCUGGAGAAGGCUGAGCUACAGGAUCGGGUGACCGAACUCUCUGCUCUGCUGACCCAGGCUCAGAAGCAAAAUAAAGAUUAUGAGAAGAUGCUAGAAGCUCUGAGAGAGACAGUGGAGAUCCUGGAGUCAAAUCAUGCAGAAUUAAUGGAACACGAGGCAUCUCUCAGUAGGAGUGCCCAAGAGGAGAAGCUGUCUUUACAGCAGGUGAUCAGGGAUAUAACCCAGGUACUGGUCAUGGUGGAAGAAGGGGACAAUCUGGCCCAAGGCUGUGGUGAGGACUGCUCCUUGGGGUUGGACGCUAGUGGCCUCUCCUCCCAGUUUGAUUCCCAGGACCCAGAAAAGGCCCUUACUCUGGUGCGUUCAGUGGUGACUCGAAGACGCCAGGCUGUGCAGGACUUAAGGCAGCAGCUUUUGGGCUGCCAGGAAGCUAUGAGCUCCUUGCGGCAACAGCAUGAUCAGUGGGAGGAGGAAGGCGAGGCCUUGAGACAGCGGCUGCAGAAGCUCACCGGAGAGCGGGACACUCUGGCAGGGCAGACCGUGGACCUCCAGGGGGAAGUGGAGUCUCUUAGCAAGGAGCGUGAGCUGCUGCAGAAGACCAGGGCAGAGCUGCAGCAGCAGCUGGAGGUGCUGGAGCAGGAGGCGUGGCGGCUGCGGAGGACGAACGUGGAGCUUCAGUUGCAGGGGGACUCGGCUCAGGGCGAGAAGGAGGAGCAGCAGGAGGAGCUGCACCAGGCUGUCCGGGAAAGGGAGCGCCUUCAGGAGACACUGGCGGGCCUGGAAGCCAGACAGUCAGAAUCGCUCAGUGAACUCAUCACUCUUCGGGAGGCCCUGGAGGCAAGUCGCCUGGAAAGGGAGUUGCUGAGGCAGGAGCAAACAGAAGUGACCUUGGCGCUGACCAGGGCAGAACAGUCCGUUUCCGAACUGUCAAGUUCUGAGAACAGCCUGAAGGCUGAGGUCGCCGAUCUUCGGGCUGCUGCUGUCAAGCUCAGUGCCUUAAAUGAGGCUUUGGCCUUAGAUAAAGUUGGACUGAAUCAGCAGCUUCUCCAGCUCGAACAGGAGAACCAGUCUGUGUGUCGCAGAAUGGAAGCAGCAGAGCAGGCGAGAAACACUUUGCAGCUGGGCCUGGCGGAGGCCGAGAGGGGCCGGGAAGCCCUUCGGGAGAAGAACACUGUCUUGGAGGCUCAGCUGCAGAAGGCGGAGGAGAGCAGGGCUGAGCUGCAGGCAGACCUCAGGGGCAUCCAAGAAGAGAAGGAAGAAAUUCAGGAGAAGCUCAGCGAGGCCCGUCAUCAGCAGGAGGCAGCCUUAGCUCAGCUGGACCAGCUGCAGCAGGAGACAAAGCGACGGGAAGAAGUGCUUGCUCGGGAAGUCCAGGAGAAGGAAGCCCUAGUGCGGGAGAGAGCCGCCCUCGAGGUGCGGCUGCAGGCUGUGGAGCGAGACCGGCAGGACCUCUCCGAACAACUUCUGGGGCUCAGCUCAGCCAAGGAGCACCUGGAGAGCAGUCUGUUUGAGGCCCAACAACAAAAUUCUCUGAUAGAGGUCACCAAAGGCCAGCUGGAGGUCCAGAUUCAAACUGUCACUCGUGCCAAAGAAGUCAUUCAAGGGGAAGUGAGGUGCCUGAAGCUGGAACUGGACACCGAGCGGAGCCGCGCAGAGCAGGAGCGGGAGACAGCAGCCAGUCGGCUGGCCCAAGCUGAGCACGAGGGGCAGACGGCCCUGCAGCAGCAGAAGUCAGCCCAUGAGGAGGAGGUGAACCGGCUAGAGGAGAAAUGGGAGAAGGAGCGCUCCUGGCACCAGCAAGAACUGGAUAAGGCCCUGGAGAGCCUAAAGAGAGAGAAAACUGAGCUGGAAAUGAAGCUGCAGGAACAGCAGGCAGACAUGGAGACCAUCCGGAGGCAGAGGGAGAAAGAACGGGCAGAGGCAGAGAGCGCCCUCUGCCAGAUGCAGCUCGAAACAGAGAAGGAGAGGGUGUCCCUCCUGGAGACGCUGCUGCAGACCCAGAAGGAGCUGGCAGAUGCCAGCCAACAGCUGGAGCGGCUGAGGCAGGACAUGAAGGUUCAGAAGUUAAAGGAGCAGGAGACCACCGAGAUGCUGCAGACCCAGCUCCGGGAGACGCGGCGGGAGCUGGAGCAGGCCGGCCAGCAGAGCAGAGACGACCUCGCUGCCCUCCGAGAAGAGUGCAGGGCCCUGCUGCAGGCGAAGAUGGACCUGCAGGGACAGGUGGAGGACUUGAAAUCUCAGCUGCUUUCCAGGGAUGACUCUAGGAGGCUGGCAGAGCAGGAGGUUCAGGAGAAGCUGAGGGAGGCCCAGGAGUAUAGCCGAAUGCAGAAGGAGCUGGAGAGGGAGAAAGCCAGCCUGACUCAGUCGCUGAUGGAAAAGGAACAGAAGCUCCUUGUUCUCCAAGAAGCUGAGUCUGUUCACCAGCAAGAGCUGAGCUCCCUGCGCCAGGACGUGCAGGAGGCCCGGGGAGAGUGGAGAGAGCUCAGCGCCCAGGUAGAAUUCCUGAAGCAGGAAGCGAGGGAGAAGGAGGCGGACUUUCUGGCUCAGGAAGCGCAACUGCUGGAGGACCUGGAGGCAGCUCAGAUGACAGAGCAGCAGCUGCGAGCCUCGCUGCGCGCCCUGGAAGCCAAGGCUGCCCAAGUCCAGCUCCGCCUGCGCGGCGCAGAGACCCGGCUGGCGGCGCUGGCAGCAGAGCAGCAGCCGGGGCACCAGGCCCAGGCCCAGCUGGCCAGCCUCUGCUCUGUUCUGCAGCAGGCUUUGGGCGUCACCUGUGAUGGCAGGCCUGAGCUGCGUGGCGGGGGAGACUCUGCUUCCCUCUGGGGCCCUGAGGCAGACCAGAAUGGAGCUAGGAUCCUCCGUGAGAAGGGGCCCCUCCUGGCAGCCUUGUCAGCUGAGGCAGUGGCAUCUGCCCUCCAGAAGCUUCACCAAGACCUGUGGAAGACUCAGCAGGCCCGGGAUGACCUCAGGGAGCAGGCUCUGAAGCUGGAACAGCGUCUCGCUGAUGCAGAGGCGGAGAAAAGUCAGGUCUGCACAGAAUUACAGGAUUUGCAGAGACAGCUCUCCCAGAACCAGGAAGAGAAAUGCCAGUGGGAAGGAAAGCAGAAGUUGCUGGAAUCCGAGCUGACAGAACUGCAGGAAACCGUGACGUCUCUGCAGAGUCGUCUGCAGCAAGCAGAGCUGCAGGGACGGGAGGCCCAGAAGGAGCGAGAGCUCCUGCAGGCAGCCAAGGAGAACCUGAUGGCCCAGGUGGACCGUCUGCAGGGGUCUGUGGCAGAAGCCAGGGCUCAGGCCAGUGCUAUCGGGGCUCUGGAGGAGGACCUGAGAACCGCUCACUCGGCCCUGAAGCUCAAGAGCGAGGAAGCGGAGACCGAGCGUGAGCGAGCCCAGGCUCUGCAGGAGCAGGGCGAGCUGACAGUGGCCCAGUGGAAGGCUCUGCAGGAAAAUUUAGCUAUCCUGACCCAGGCCCUCUCCGAAAAAGAAGGGGAGGUGGAGGCUCUGCGGGGAAGCAUCCAGGAGCUGGAGAAACAACGGGAGAUGCAGAAGGUUGCUUUGGACGCCCUGUCUCUGGACCUGGAGAAGAGGAGCCAGGAAGUGGGCGUGCAACACGAGCAGAUCCAGGAGCUGGAGAAGUGCAGGUCUGUCUUAGAGCACCUGCCCCUGGCCGUCCAGGAGCGGGAGCAGAAGCUGGCCAUGCAGAGGGAGCAAAUCAAAGAGCUCGAGAAGGCUCGAGAGACCCAGAGGAGCAUCUUGGAGCAUCAGCUUCUUGAACUUGAGAAGAAGGCCCAAGUGAUAGAGUCCCAGAAAGAACAGAUUCAGGAUCUGAAGAAGCAGCUGGUCACUCUGGAGUGCCUCGCCCUGGAACUGGAGGAAAACCAUCACCAAAUGGAGUGCCAGCAAAAGGCCAUCGAGGAGCUGGAGGGCCAGAGGGAGAUGCAGAGGGUGGCCCUCACCCACCUGACACUGGACCUGGAGGAGAGGAGCCAGGAGCUGCAGGCCCAGAGCAGCCAGAUCGACGAACUGGAGAGCCAUGGCACCCUUCUGGCGAGAGAGCUCCAGGACAAGGACCAGGAGCUAAAGUGCCAGCGAGAGCAGAUCGAGGAGCUACAGAGGCAGAAAGAGCGUCUGGCUCGGGACCUGGAGAGGCGGGACCAGGAUGUGCUGCUCCAGAGGGAGAGGAUUCGGGCCCUAGAAGACCAGAGGACGCUGCAGACCAAGAUGCUGGAGGAGGACCUGGGCCAGAUCAAGCUGUCGUUGAGGGAGAGAGGCCGGAAGCUGGCCUCCCAGAGGCCGCCCAUGCAGGAGCAGGCGGAGGAAGGGAAGAGCCCGAGUAAAGCCCAGCGAGGGAGCCUCGAGCACCUGAAGCUGAUCCUUCGUGAUAAGGAGAAGGAGGUGGAAUGCCAGCAGGAGCGCCUGCACGAGCUGAGGGAGCACAAGGACCAGCUGGAGCAGCAGCUCCAGGGCCUGCACAGGAAGGUGGGGGAGACCAGCCUGCUCCUGAGCCAGCGAGAGCAGGAGCUAGUGGUCCUGCAGCGGCACCUGCAGGAGGCCCGGGAACGGGGGGAGCUCAAAGAGCAGGCCCUGCAGGCUCACCUGGAGGAGGCGCAGAGAGCCCUGGCUCAGAGGGACCAAGAGCUCGAGGCCCUGCGGCACCAGCAGCAGCAGGCGCGGGCGCAGGAGGAGACGGCGAAGGAGCAGGCGAGCGCGCUGCAGGGCACCGUGGAACGGGCCCGUGUGCAGCUGCAGGAGCGCCAGGGAGAGCUCGAGGAGCACAGGGAGCAUGUGCGAAGGCUCCAGGAGGAGCUGGCCGUGGAGGGACAGCGCGGGCAGGCCCUGGAGGAGGUGUUGGCUGACCUCAGGGCCGAGUCUCGGGAGCAGGAGGAGGCUCUGCUGGCCCUCCGGCAACAGUGCGCCGAGCGGGCCCAGGAGCACGAGACAGAGGUCACGGGCCUGCGGGACUGCCUGCUGCGGGCAGAGGCCACACUCAAGGACCGGGACCAGGAGCUGGAGGCUCUGCAGGCGGCCAGCCGGUCCUCUGAGCAGCGGGAGGAGACAGCCCGGGAGCAGGCCGAGGCUCUGCAGGAGGCCCUGAGCAAGGCUCAGGCCGCCCUGCAGGAGAAGGAGCAGCGGCUGCUGGGGCAGGCAGAACUGAGCCGCAGCCUGGAGGCCAGCACAGCCACCUUGCAGGCCGCCCUGGACUCCUGCCAGGCUCAGGCCCGGCAGCUGGAGGAGGCCCUGCGGAAGCGGGAAGGUGAGAUCCAGGACCGGGAUCUCCGGCACCAGGAGGCUGUGCAGCAGCUCCAGCGGGCACUGGCCCAGAAGGAUGAAGAGCUGAGCUUUCAGAAGAGGCAGGGGCAGCUGCUAGAGCAGUCUGUGGCCCAGAGGGCCCGAGAAGAUGCCCUCCCAGGGAACCAGGGUCGGGAGCGGGAGAGAGAAGAGGAAGAGGUGCGGGGCCUCCGUGAAAGCCUAAGGGAGUUGCAGCUGACUCUAGCCCGAAAGGAAAAGGAGAUCGUGGGGCUGAGGGAGGCCCAGCAAAGGAAGAAUCUGGAGGACUCAGCCCACAGCCACGCAGCCUCCCCAGCGGAGGAGCCCUUUACAAAGCUUGGCGCUGCCGGGCCGCGGCUGCAGCAGGAGCUGGAGCGACUGCAGGCAGCACUGAGACAGACGGAGGCCCGGGAGAUAGAGUGGAGGGAGAAGGCCCAGGACUUGGCGCUGUCCCUGGCCCAGAGCAAGGCGAGCAUCAGCAGCCUGCAGGAGGUAGCCAUGUUCCUGCAGGCCUCUGUUCUGGAGCGGGACUCGGAGCAGCAGAAGCUGCAGGAUGAGUUGGAGCUCACCAGGCAAGCUCUGGAGAAGGAGCGGCUCCUGAGUCCCGGCUCAACCAACAGAGCGGAACCGGGACCCAGAGAAGAGGUGCCAGGGGUAGAGGCUGAGCCUGGUCUCGGGACAGAGGAGAAGCAGCUCUGGGGACAGAGGCUGGAACACCUCCAGCGAGCAGUGGCACAGCUGGAGAUUGACCGGAGCAGGCUGCAGCAUCACAAUGUCCAGCUGCGGGCCGCCUUGGAGCAGGUGGAGCGAGAGCGCAGGAAGCUGAAGAGGGACUCCAUGCGCGCAUCGAGGACGGGCGUCUCGGAGGUCAGGGAAGCCACAGCUUCGUCCCCCACACAGCAGGAUGGAAGAGGAGGACAGAAGGGCUCCUCAGAUGCCAAGCACGUGGCCGAACUGCAGAAAGAGGUGGCCCUGCUGCGAGCCCAGCUGGCCUUGGAGCGGAAGCAGAAGCAGGACUACAUUGCUCGCUCGGUGCAGACCAGCCGUGAGCUAGCGGGCCUGCACCACAGCCUCUCCCACUCUCUGCUGGCCGUGGCCCAGGCCCCUGAGGCCACCGUUCUGGAAGCCGAGACCCGCAAGCUGGACGAGUCCCUGACUCAAAGUCUGACGUCCCCAGGACCAGUCCCGCUGUGCCCCAGUCCCAGCACUACCCAAGCCAUCUCCAGGUAGCAGCCACAGCCGGGGCAGAAUCCAGGCCAGCCUGGGACUGCAUGGACGGACAGCUGGCUGUCAUGGCCCAGGAGGAGGGAAGGAAGCCCACAAGGCUGGGAGCAGGCCCUGGCUCCCAUGGGAGCGAGGCAAGUCACAGCUGCCCGUAGCCCACAGAGUCACCUACAGGAGCAUCCGAUGCCUCUUGUCUCAAUUGUGUUGUCCCAGCACCUCCCCACCAACAAUAAACCCCACGUCUCUGUGUUUGU